ACCCAGUCAGUGUCGGCAGCCACCUCGCUUUCUGGUCCUCUUAUUUUAGUGAGGUACCCCUUUCUCAUCGGAUAUGAUCUGGAGACUCUUGGUCCUCCACGUCCUUCUUCUAGGAGCUGAAAGCAGCAGCCGUGGGGGGAGGACAGUGACUUUCCACCGGACUCAGCAGGAUGACAACCAGGGCCAAGCGCGCGCACGCCCCAGGAGGGAUACGAGCGGCUCCUCCGGCACCACCAGGCCCGUUCAUGGACCCCCCUUCACCGCCUGUCGGACCCCCCUCACCCCCGUCGAGCACAAGGUUCUGGAUGACAAUACGCAUGAGACAGGGUUUAACGGUGAUGAUGGCUCCUAUGUAAUUCUCACAUGGGUGGGCCAUGGCACAGGGGUCGUCCUGGUGCUGUCAACAUUUAGUGCUCCGAUAGAUUCUUUCAUCGAAGGCGGCUCCUCACGACUCUAUCGAAGCACGGAUUAUGCUAAAUCCUUCCACGACAUUUCCCAUCAGAUCAACAACACCUUCAUCAGGGAGGAGUUUGGAGUCCGUGUCGGACCAGGGAGCUCUGUGAUUCUGACAGCAGACAUUCCGGUGGUGGAUAACCCAGGCGGGAUCAUCUUCACCUCCACGGAUGCCGGUGCGACGUUCAAGUUCAUCCAACUGCCCUUCCACCUGGCUCAGCCGAUCACGUACCACUUCCUCAACCCCGACUACCUCGUGGCCCUCAGCAUUGAUGGCGGUCUGUGGCUCUCUCUGGACUUUGGCGCCAAGUGGACGAAAGUUCAUGAUGGAGUGCAUUCUUUCUCAUGGGGCGCCGGCAUUAAUUUGUUCUUCAGCUGCAGUCGAACAGACGCAGUUGAGGCAGAAGAGAGAGGGGAUUUAGUGCUGAAGAGGACAACAGAUCUGGGGAAGACCUUCACCACGAUCCACGAGGACAUCUACAGUUUUGGCUACAUAGGAACCUUUCUCUUCUUCUCUGUGAUGGAGGAUCCGAGAUCCCCUCGGGUCAUGUACUUCUCAUCAGACCAAGGAGACACCUUCAGUCGAGCACUGCUCCCUUCUGCCUCCACUGAGCAGUUCUACUCCAUCCUGGAUGGAGAUGUAGAUAUGCUCUUCAUGCACGUGGACAACCCAGGAGACACCUUCUUUGGAACCAUGUACACAUCAGAUGACCGAGGCAUCUUAUUCUCCAAAUCGCUGGAGCGCCACCUGUUUGAUGGGCAGAGGAAGAGCGAUUUCUCCAACAUAACUUCACUGAGAGGAGUCUACCUCACUAAUAAACUAGACGAGGAUGGCCGUAUAAGAUCUGUCAUUUCCUUUAACAGAGGAGGGACGUGGAGACAGCUCAACAAACCUGAGAAUGUGGAAUGUGGAGAGCAAGUCAAAAAUUGCAACCUUCAUAUUCAUGGAGAGCACAGUCGCAACAUCCGCAUCGUUCCCAUGCUGGCUCUGUCGGAGCCAACGGCUAUUGGUCUGGUUAUAGCUCACGGCACUGUGGGUGACUCUCUGUCAUCGUCACAGCACCCAGAUGUGUUUGUCUCCUCAGACGGGGGUUAUAACUGGAGGGGGACACUGAGAGGUCCUCACCACUACAGCAUAUUGGACUCUGGGGGUCUCAUUGUGGCAGUGGAGACCCAGCGUGAAGGACAAGUCAAGACAAUCAAGUACCACACAGAUAUUUUUACUUCAUGCGCAAUAGUGGUAUUUGGCAAUGGAGGGCAGAAAGACACUUACAGCAUACUUUUGCCACCAUUUCUCAUCACCAGGUUCUCCACAGAUGAGGGCCAAUGCUGGAAGUCCUACAACUUCACGGACCAGAGCUUCUUCUUUGCAGGCCUGGCGUCCGAGCCGGGGACCAAGGCCAUGAACGUCAGCGUGUGGGGCUUCCGUCCCGAGGAGGACCGCCAGCCCAUGUGGGUGGCCGUCACCAUUGAUUUCCAGAGCCUCAUUACAAGAGAGUGUAAUGACGAGGACUAUGAAGAGUGGUUGGCUCACGCUACCAAUGGAGGAGACUUGAAGAGAAACGGCUGUCUCUUGGGUGUCAAAGAGACCUACAGGAGGCUCAAGAAACCGUCUGUGUGCAGAAAUGGCCGAGGCUUCGUGGUGAGCAAGAAGCAAAGCCCCUGCCUGUGCACCAGAGAAGAUUACUUAUGCGACUAUGGUUACUAUCGCCAUAUGAACACCUCGGAGUGUGUGAGACAACACAGCGCUGCAAAUAAAACCUUGGAGCUCUGUCUGAAUGGAGAGGAGGAUGAGCUGCUGACAGCGGGGUACCGCAAGGUCCCGAGUGAUCGGUGUGAGGGGGGAUUCAGCCCUCAGCUCGCGGUACAGACAGUCAUCAGACCCUGUGGUGUUAAACCCAGCCCUGGUCCACCUGCCAGGUCCUUGUCUCCAGUCACGCACUUUGACACACCGAGAGAGAGGCUGGUGUUGAUCCUGGUGUGUUCAGGAGCAGGGGUCAUCGUCCUGGUAGCUAUCGUGUCCGCUGUCUUUACUGUCAGAAGGGUGGUUUACAGAACCAGUUCACCAGUAUAUCGUUUCUCCAACCUCCGGAUUCAGGACGAAGAUAACGGCAUCACAACCGAUCUUGAAAGCGCCACCAGCAGCAAUGGCACGGUCUGCCAGCAGGAAUCAGAUGAUGAUCUUAUUGAAUGACACAAUUCUAUGGAUACACUGAAUAUUCAAGAUUGGGGCCAGCUGUGCUGAAAAAGACUGCCAAAGGCUUUUGUUGGAUUUAUCGCCGAUAUUUUUGAUGGGAGCACCCUUUGUGGCAAAUUCUGAGGAUUUGAAGGACGAGCAUGUGAAUGUCUAAUUUAUUGAGCUAGCUUAAUUUCAUUGUGUUACUUUUCUUACUCUUUGAUUCAUUUGUACAGUAUUUACUUUUUUAUUUUAAUUUUACUUUGUGUUGCACCACCUUUUUACUUUCUGUUUAAUGUGAAAACAAACAAGACAAUCCUAAAAAUGUGCAUUUGUAAAAAAAAAAAAAAAGAUAUAGAACAUCAUUAUGUGUCUGUUGCAGUUUUAAAUAUGCCAUGAUCGGAUUAAUCAUAAGGAUUGAACGCGCAAUAAACUACUCAA